UUUCGCCGUACAUCCCUAGCUACCAUUUUGCAAAAGUUUUUGCUCAACACGUGUUCGGCGCUCGUUUUAUUAAGUUAAAAGGCAUAAAAUCAUUAAUAUGGCUGAUGAAUUUUUCUAUGGUGUUACCUUAACUGGUGAAAACAGCAGCGUCACCUGGGAUGUUGUGUCCGAUGAGGAUUAUGUACGGGGACAGAAGUUAGUAAUCAAACAGAUUUUGCUGGGCGCCGAAGCCAAAGAGAACGAGUUCAAUGUGGUUGAGGUCCACACAGUGAAGGACUCUGUCCAGAUACCCAUUGCCGUGUUGAAGGCCGGCGAAACCCGUGCCGUCAAUCCCGAUGUGGAGUUCUACGAGUCUAAGGUGACGUUCAAACUCAUCAAAGGCAGCGGUCCCGUCUACAUACACGGCCAGACCAUCAGAGACGAUGUCGAGCCCGUCGACAUGGAGGAGGAGGACGAGGAUGACGAUGUGGCCGAUUUGGGCGAUGACGAUGAAGAGGAAAAUCCCAAAAAGCGGGCCAAAAUUGAGCAGAACGCCGAUGGCAAAAAUGCCAAGAACAAGAAGAAGUAAAGGCCACAGUCCCGGCCACAGAUCGAAGUAUAAGCUAUCCUGUAGAUUGUAAACAGUUUUAGGCCCGGGUACGUGCUGUGCAGAGCGCGUACCUAUCCAUAUACAAUAUAUACGUUAUGUAAACCUUCAAGCUAUGUUUAGUUCCUCACUCUACGUUUCUAAACUACAGACUCACACAGACAGAUACAUUUAAAAGCGGAAUCGAUCUGAAUCUUAACAUUUAAGCUGACCUCUUACGCGUAAAAUGAUAUCUAAAAACGAAGCCCAUUUUAAGUUUCUGAACUACAAUUGAGACCGAAGAUUUAUAUAACGCUAUUUGGAACACACAUUUGUAUAUAUCAAAUACAUACAACUACAACUAAGCCAAA